UAACUGUUCCUCGCCGGUGCAAAGACGGGGACGAGGUUUCCUAAUAAACCGUCCCAACUGUUCUGCUCACUGUUUUCUGCCUCAGGUGCCCCAGCACAUGACUCUAGAAACACUUGAGCAGGUCUCCAUGCCCUCCCGUUCCUAGCGGCAGACCGGUGCGACAAUGACCAUCCAUGUAGAGGGGCUUGUGGCUAUCGCGCUCUUCUAUCUGCUGAUCCUGUUCGUGGGCAUCUGGGCGGCAUGGAAGAACAAACACUCCGGGGAGGCGGAGGGCACCGACCGCAGCGAAACCAUCAUGGUCGGAGGGAGAGACAUUGGAUUAUUUGUCGGUGGAUUUACCAUGACAGCGACCUGGGUUGGAGGAGGAUAUAUAAAUGGCACAGCUGAGUAUGUGUAUCUGCCUGAUUAUGGCUUGGCUUGGGCUCAAGCUCCCUUCGGAUAUGCCCUCAGUCUCGUUGUGGGUGGUCUUUUUUUCGCUAAGCCCAUGCGCUCACGAGGUUACGUCACCAUGCUGGACCCAUUCCAGCAGAUGUAUGGGAAACGCAUGGGUGGCCUCCUCUUCAUACCCGCACUGAUGGGUGAGAUCUUUUGGUCCGCUGCUAUCCUAUCAGCCCUCGGUGCCACGCUGAGUGUCAUCGUGGACAUCAACAUUAAGAUGUCAGUGGUUAUCUCAGCACUCAUUGCAAUCUUUUACACCCUGGUCGGAGGACUUUACUCUGUGGCCUACACUGACGUCGUGCAGCUCUUCUGUAUCUUUGUUGGCCUGUGGAUCAGUGUCCCCUUUGCUUUGAUCAACCCUGCGGUGUCGGACAUUACCGUUACUGCAGUGAAGCAGGUGUACCAGUCGCCCUGGAGAGGCAGUGUCAACAAGACUGACACCUGGGUCUGGAUCGACAACUUCUGCCUCCUGAUGCUCGGAGGAAUACCCUGGCAGGUCUAUUUCCAGAGAGUUCUGUCCGCCUCCUCGGCCACCUAUGCCCAGGUCCUCUCCUUCCUGGCUGCUUUCGGGUGCCUCGUCAUGGCUGUGCCCUCCGUUCUCAUCGGGGCCAUCGGGGCCUCCACAGACUGGAACCAGACAAGUUAUGGCGCCAUUUCUCCUAAAGAGAAGGAACAAGCAGACAUGAUUCUACCCAUUGUGCUCCAGUACCUUUGCCCGCCGUUUGUCUCUUUCUUCGGCCUGGGUGCCGUGUCUGCAGCCGUCAUGUCCUCUGCAGACUCCUCCAUCCUUUCAGCGAGCUCCAUGUUUGCACGGAACAUCUACCAGCUCGCCUUCAGACAGUCGGCUUCUGACCGUGAGAUCGUGUGGGUGAUGCGAAUUACCAUCUUUGUAUUCGGCGGCCUUGCCACAGUAAUGGCGCUGGUGACCGGGACAGUUUACGGCCUCUGGUAUCUGAGCUCAGACCUGGUUUACGUCAUCAUCUUCCCCCAGCUGCUCAGUGUGCUCUUUGUCAAAGGGACCAACACGUAUGGCUCUGUGGCUGCCUACCUGUUCGGCAUGGUGCUGCGUAUAGGUGGAGGUGAGCCCUACCUGCGGCUGCCUCCUUUCAUUUAUUACCCUGGCUGGAUCACUGAGGAGAGAAUACACCACAUGACUGGAGAAAAGGAGGAAGUUAUCGUCCAGAAGUUCCCCUUCAAGACCGUCUCCAUGAUCGCCUCCUUUUUGGGCAACGUUGCUUUCUCCUACCUGGCAAAGUACCUGUUUGAAAGCGGCAAGAUUUCACACAAAUACGACUUUCUCGACGCAGUGGUGUCCAAGCACAGUGGGGAGAUUAUGGAUAAGACGACACUUGUGACUCGUGGAAACAACAUCGGGCUGUCGGAGAUGGCGCCCGUCAAAUCGCGGCUGAGCGUGACCUUGGCGACCGCCUUCACACGCCGUGACACGUUGCCAAAAGAAACAGUGGAGGAGGAGGAGGAGGAGUCCAGCCCCGAUUCCUCUCACCAUGAUGACGAAUAACAAACUCAGGAUGUGAUUUAAAAAAAAAAAAAAAAAGAACAUGUGAGUGAACAGCCAGAGAACUGGUUACUCUGUCAGAUCCUGCAAAAAGAAAUAAGAGACUACGAGCAAACAUCCUCCCUUGGGACUACAAAAGUACCACAUCCAGCAUGUGGUGACUGGAUAACAGCCACAUGUUGGGAUAUAUAGUGUAGCAGCUUGCUGAUUGUCCGGACAUGAAGUUCUCUUUCUGUGACAUACAUCAAACAUUCACUCAUGUAGUACUUAUAGAUAGCUGGGUGUACUGUAUAUUCAUCCUUUUACGAACUGCUUUGGAGAUCUUCUUAAAGAAAACUGUGUUCACAGACUUAAAGCUGGGGUAGGCAGUUUAAUUUUGGCAUCACUGGUUAAAAAUCUCAUCCUAAACUCUGAGCAUAUUGUAUUUCGAAAGGUCUGAGUGAAAGAUAGACGUCUGCACCUCCUCUUGGUUCUGUUUUCAGGCUUCUAGGUUCACAAUCUAGGUUGUGAUGGGAGACUUUGGCCAGUCACAGGUCAUUUCAGAGAGAGGGUGUUCCCACUGGCUGUUCUAGAAAUACAGAUGCACGUGCCCAAUUCAAUGGCAGAGAAUCCUGCAGAGAGGUUGCUAAUUCAGCACUGACAACAACUCCUGACACUGCAAAGCAACCCAAAAAAGGAAGCAGGGCUUAUCAAAAAGAGUCUAAAAGAUAGUGUGACAAUAAAUGAAAUAAAACAAGUGUUAAUAUCUGCAAAGUAUUUCAGAGAUGGAGAGAAAAUGUUGCUAAUAGUUUAGCUUUAUGCCAACUGGAGCCAAAGGCUUAGAGCCGCAGCUCUAAGUUUAUGCUUAUGUAGCUAACUUUAGCUAGAGCCUCGAAUCACUGUGUGUCCUCUGCCUCAUUCCUCACCACUACAAACCAGCCUUCUGGGAGGAGAGUGGGCAGCAGCUCAGAAGACCACUAGACAGUCAGUAGCCACAGCAACCUGAAUCCAGCCAACACAAACCUUAGGUCCACGGAACCGGACAGCCCCAGCCCCGGUCUCACUUGGAAGUUGUCAAAAACCGGCACUUGGGCAGUGACUUCCAGCGUCAGACAUUGACAAAAAAAAAAAAAGCUGUCCUUUCAUGUCGGCAUGAUAUGCAGCCGGUGGCAUCAGGGAAAUGUGAAGGGACAAGAAUGAAAGUUAAGGCGGCGAAAGUCCGAGUAGGGCAGGCGAGAGAGGUGGUUAAUGGGUCCACCAGCCACCGACUUUCACCUGGGAUGCCAGUGUUUGCUUCCUGUAAGAGUACGCCAAACCUUGUCUUUUCCUAAACCUAACCACGUGCAUUAGUUGUUGAAGGAAAAAAAAAAGACAUUAAUUUGCGGUGUUGUACUGACGUAGUGCGUUUAUUUUGAAAGAGACUGUAUGAAAACUUUCCUGUGAAAAUGGAAGUGUAUUUUGAAAACAGACAAUGCAUGUAACAGGUUGAAGGUGACACGGUGUCUCAGAACGUCAACAACCAACACACCCAGGGUACCUUGCACGUCAUAUCUCUACAUGGAAAGUCCAUGACCAAACGUCCAUAUGUGACGAGGUCAGAGUGAGAAUGUGUUGGUUACACAGUCAGACCCAGUGCCGCUGCUGGCCAUCAUGGCGCUGUGACACCCUGCGCUGGAAGGGUUUGCGCUGGCUGCCUGUUCUCCUCAUGACGGAAGCAGUCCACAGUGGCAGGGAGUGGGACAAAGGCUGCUAAUUCUUGUCUCAUUUGUGGUUCGAUAAACAGAGGAACAGAGGAACAAGGAGGGGCUGAGCUAAUGCGUAGUGCACAACUGUAGAAUGAAAUAAAUCAAUGUACGGGAAACACUUGGUGACUGUAUGAAGAGCGUGUAUAUGCCUGUGGUCGUCUGGUAGGAGGAGCUCAAGACAGAGAGGGGAGAGCUGCAGGAGGAGUGUGCGAUUUCUGCCUGCCCCAGCUUUAAUUUGAUUAAAUUUUAUUUUUUAUCACUAAUGAAAAAGCAGAACAAAAAACAGAUGAGUGAAGAUAAGAGAUGCUGCAAACAUCUACUGAGUGGUGACAUAUUUUAUCAGAAAUAUGAGAAGGAAUGAAACAGAUAACAUUUUACAAGAUGCGACUGACAGCACAACCAUAGUCUGGAAGAAGAAGACAUUACUGUAGUAUCAAAUAGAUGAAAGCAAUAACACAUACACAAACACCUGUACAGCAAUUAUUACAAAUAUCUGGUUGUGAGAAAGUAAAAAACAUCAACAAGAAGAAAUGAUGGAGAAGCUUUAUUAUGUCAUAUCAAGCCAAUAAAUUUCUGUUAUGUGUGAUGAACAUUUGCAGCACUGUAAUAAUCAGGUUUUGAGUCAUGAUUUAAGACAUUAAAUAAACUGUGAUGUCAUCGACAUGUUAACCAACACCCAGACCUGAUUUAGUUUCAUACAGGUUUUGAUGGCGAUCACGUCUCUCAUUAUGAACACAUCAUGACUGUGAAUCAAGAAAGAAACAAUCCAUGUAUCAUGCUGACUAGGAAAUAUACAAGCUGUAGUGACGGUAGUUGACUUGCAGCAUUAGCUAAUAUUCUCUUUAACGUCAGGUGUAGAAGCCGUUUUAAUCAUAAAAAUCAGUGUAAAUUAGUGUUUAAAAUGAUCUUGUAUUCAACUGCCUUAAUGAAGCUCAUGAAAACAGUUUAAUUUCCACAGUUGCGACCGGACUGUGGUCAGACUGCAGCGAACAAAGACUUGAAUAUGAAUGUAACCUCUACAAAAAAAAGAUCUGAUUAUAUCAAGUAGUGUACUUCUACUGCUGUUUGUGUAUGUUUUUGUUUGUGAUUUUCGCAAAGUCAAACACUAACAGUUGCAGAACAAGGUGGCGGCAGGUUCUGCUUCACAGGUCUGUUCUUUCGUUUGUUGUCA